UCAAAGAUUUUGGUAAGAUGUGGCAUUUCUUACUGUUGUUUCAUAUGUAAAAUCUUUUGGCCACCAAGGUUAAUUUUUUGACACAAAGAUUAAGCUGUUUCCAGGAUGACUUGCAUUCUGUUUGGAAUAUGAAAGCACCUGACCUUCACCUUUGUCCUGGCUCCUUUACAAGGUGAAUGAAUGCAGCCCUCAUUUGGUUACACAUUGACCUUAAUUGCUCUCUUGGCAGCUAUUAAUGUUGCCUAGUUCACUUUCCACUCAGCAGCAUCACAAUAGUUGUGAGACAAAGAAGAAGAAGAAGGAGAAGUUGCUCAUAUUCUGGCUACACCCCUGCAGUCUCUUCCUGCUUUUCAGGGCAAAACAGGCAGUGUGCCGCUCUAACAAAAGUCCCUGGAUCUGCCUGACUUGUUCAAGUGUCCACUGUGGGAGGUAUGUCAACGGCCACGCCAAGAAGCAUUAUGAAGAUGCUCAAGUUGCUUUAGUGAACCACAAGAAAGCAGAAAAGCAAGAAAAGGUUCAGCACAUGGUGUGCAUGGAUUGUAGCAGUUACAGUACCUACUGUUAUCGCUGUGAUGACUUCGUGGUCAACGACACCAAGCUAGGCCUGGUGCAGAAAGUCCGGGAGCAUCUACAGAACUUGGAAAACUCAGGUUUUACAGUAGAUCGACAUAGGAAAAGAAAACUCCUUGAAAGUGCCUCUGUAAACAGCAAGUUAUUAAAAGUGAACGGGAGCCCCACAGGUUUGUGUGCUACAGGCCUUCGUAACUUGGGGAACACGUGUUUCAUGAACGCCAUCCUUCAGUCCCUCAGUAACAUUCCACAGUUCUGCUGUUACUUCAAAGAGCUGCCGGCGGUGGAACUUCGGAACGGGAAGACGGCAGGCCGGCGGACGUACCACACGCGGAGCCAAGGAGACAGCAGCGUUUCCCUGGUGGAAGAAUUCCGGAAGACCCUCUGUGCUCUGUGGCAAGGAAGCCAAACCGCCUUCAGCCCGGAAUCCUUGUUUUACGUUGUUUGGAAAAUCAUGCCCAACUUCCGGGGAUACCAGCAGCAAGACGCCCACGAGUUCAUGCGCUACCUCUUGGACCACCUCCACCUGGAACUGCAGGAAGGCUUCAACGGUGCUGCUCACCCAGCCCUUCUCCAAGAGAAGCCCGCCCUCACGGCCGGCAGUAGAUGCUGCGUCAAUGGCGCUUCCACCGUUGUCACCACCAUCUUCGGAGGCGUCCUUCAGAACGAAGUCAACUGCUUGAUAUGUGGAACUGAAUCCAGAAAGUUUGAUCCAUUCCUAGACCUCUCCCUAGAUAUUCCAAGCCAGUUCCGGAAUAAACGUAACAAGAACCAAGAGAAUGGACCAAUCUGCACGUUGCGGGAUUGUCUCCGCAGCUUCACCGACCUGGAAGAACUUGAUGACUCGGAGCUCUACAUGUGUCACAAAUGCAAGAAGAAGCAGAAGUCCACCAAGAAGUUCUGGAUGCAGAAGCUGCCCAACGUGCUGUGCCUGCACCUGAAACGCUUUCACUGGACGGCCUACCUGAGGAACAAGGUGGACACCUUUGUUGAGUUCCCUCUGCGCGGCCUGGACAUGAAGUGCUACUUGCUGGAGCCGGAAAACAGCGGCCCAGACAGUUGCCUCUAUGACCUCGCGGCAGUGGUUGUGCACCAUGGGUCAGGGGUCGGUUCUGGGCAUUACACGGCGUACGCGACUCACGAAGGGCGCUGGUUCCAUUUCAACGACAGCACGGUGACGCUGACGGAGGAGGAGACCGUCUCGAAAGCCAAGGCCUACAUCCUCUUCUACGUCGACCGGCAAGCUAAGUCUGGAUCCGAGAAACUUUAAUGCCUCCCUCUGCCCUGUGCAUAUCAAGUCCAAUGGACAAAAGAUUUCCAGUUCUCCACAGAUACUUGAUCCGAGACUCUUGAUUUCAUUGUGCACUUUUUAAAAGAUUUUUUUGUGGGUUCUAGUUUUAUUACAUUGUCGGUAGUAGCAGCCGAUUUAUUAAAAAAUGGACACAAGCUAACUUUGUGGUUAGUUAUGCCAGAAAAAAAGGCAAAACCUCAGCAGAUACUGACUGAUGUGCUGCUUGAACUCAAAUUUUAUACAUAGUUGAAGAGCGACUUCUAUGUUUUGACUUUCUGUCUCCAUGUUCUGGUUUGCUUUCUAAAGGCACAUUUCCAUGAGGGAAACUUGAAUGCUUUUGAGGAGCUCGAGUCUGGCUGCUCUGUUAGGAAAUGCCAGCCACGGCCUCGGCGGGUCUCCCUGGAUCAAGGACUCGACCCCCACCCACCCACCCCCAGCCCAAACGGACUUUGGGACCUCCCGUCUUCCGUUAGGGGACCCAACGGGGCGGCAUUAAACAGGCCAUGUAACUGCUGCUAUUUUUGUUUCUCCGAAGGCUGUUUUUUUAGUCUGUAGGUUGUACUUCAGUAGGUGGCUGCAUUGUUUGUAAUAGAAACUCUUUUUUAAAAAAUCCUUUUUACUUUGUAUAUGGAAAAUUACUAUUCUGCUGCAAUUAAGGUACCAAAAAUCAGAAUUCAGGAUCGGCUACUCAUUUUGCUAGCGCAGCGUUUAGACUCUCUGACCUCCCGGCUUGAGGCCGUUUGGAAGAAGAGGAGAAGCAGAGCGGUCUUCGCUUCCCUCCCAGAGACUUGGGCCCUCUUGGGCCCCUUUGGAAGAGCAGCCAGGGAGGUGGAUUUCCAGGCUGCGCUUUUCUUAAGGCACCUGCGUGGAAGAGGCUCUUUUAGGGCUGCUUUUCCCUGAGGGAAAGAACGAAGGUCCCUGGUUGCAUUUGUUCCAAUCAGCCAAACGUGAAUUCUGCAGGAUUCCUCAAGGAGGGAAGGGGAGGAGG